AUGGGCCAGGAUGCUGACAUGUGGGAGUGGUGCCGGCUGCUAAGCUGCUUCACCUGCCCUAAUGCUUGUGUUCUCACUACUCCAGUGAGGUCCUUCGGGACAGAAGACCGCCCCACAGACAGGCCUGCUCCCCCCAGGGAGGAAAUCUACGAGUACAUCAUCUUCCGGGGCAGUGACAUCAAAGACAUCACUGUGUGUGAACCCCCGAAAGCACAGCACACACUCCCUCAGGACCCUGCUAUUGUCCAGUCUUCCCUCAGCUCGGCCUCAGCAUCAUCCUUCCAGCCCCAUGUGCCUUACAGCCCCUUCCGAGGGAUGCCACCCUACAGCCAACUGGCCGCCAGCUCCCUGCUCAGCCAGCAGUAUGCAGCCUCCCUGGGCCUCGAGAAGCUGGUGAGCCCCCCAGCCUCAGCCGCUGCCUCCAGCCCCAGCUCCUCUCCGUCUCCACAGCCUGUGUCUGAGCUGGAUGUGUCCUCGGAAUCACACCAGCUCUCAUCCAAGGGCACUGGUUUCCCUUCCGUCUCAGUUGGCAAGAGCCCCAUGGUGGAGCAAGCCGUGCAGACUGGCCCCGCUGACAGCCUCGGUGCCAAGAAGCUGCUGCCUGGGAAGGGCCCCUCGGUGCAGCUCAGUGCUCGCCAGGCCCAGCCAAUCAGCAAGGCCUCCAGUGACCUGGCUCAGCCCGCAACUGUGCAAAGCCAAGGGCAAGUCAACGAUGAGAAUCGAAGACCUCAGAGGCGGAGAUCAGGGAACCGGCGGACACGGAAUCGCUCCAGAGGGCAGAACCGCCCAACCAGUGCCAAGGAGAAUACCAUCAAGUUCGAGGGUGACUUUGACUUUGAAACCGCAAAUGCCCAGUUCAACCGAGAGGAGCUGGACAAGGAGUUUAAGAAGAAGCUCAACUUCAAAGACGAGAAAGCUGAGAAAGGAGAAGAGAAAGACCCUGCCGUGGUUACCCCGAGCGAUGAGACCCCAGCUGAGGAAGACCUGCUGGGCCCCAACUGCUACUACGACAAGUCCAAAUCCUUCUUUGACAACAUCUCCUCAGAGCUCAAGACCAGUUCCAGGCGAACCACGUGGGCCGAGGAGAGGAAGCUCAACACAGAGACUUUCGGGGUGUCAGGAAGGUUCCUUCGUGGACGCAGUUUCCGGGGUGGAUUUCGAGGGGGCCGAGGCACUGGUGGCACAGCUCGCCGCAACCCCACCACCCACAGAGCUGGGACUGGCCGGGUGUGA